AUGGCAACAUGCAAAGCCGCGAAGAUUCCGGCUCUGAUCUACGGCACGGCGUGGAAGAAAGACGAGACCCGAUGGUUGGUAGCGCAAGCAUUGAUCAAUGGUUUUCGGGGUGUAGAUACCGCCGCGCAGGUAAGUCGAACUUGUCGUGAUAAUGCCGGGUGGAAGAAUCUCCAAUACACACAUAAUAACCAUCUAUACAUGAUGGUGUAUCAUCAUCCUCCUCCGUUGCCCCCUUUCCCAAAGCUGACCUGCAAAAGCCCAAACACUACCAAGAACAUCUCGUCGGCGCGGGAAUCAGAGACGCCCUACAACAACAACAACAACAAACUCCCAACCUCAUCAAACGACAAGACCUCUACAUCCAAACGAAAUUCACCUCCCUCCAAGGCCAAGAUCCACACAACCUCCCCUACAACCCCAACGCUAGCAUACCAGACCAAAUCCACGCCUCGAUAGCUUCCUCCCUCGAAAACCUCCACCACACGCCGAAUCCGAAGGAGGAAAGCUACAUCGACUGUCUCCUCCUGCACUCCCCCCUCCCCACCCUCGCCCAAACCGCAGAAGCCUGGAAAACCCUCGAAUCCUACGUCCCGCGUCAGAUCCGAACUCUCGGCCUCUCGAAUGUCUACCACCUCCCCCUCCUCGAAGCCAUCCACACUCUCGCAGAAAUCAAACCUUCAGUUCUCCAGAAUCGUUUCUGCCGCGAUUCGGCAUACGAUCCCGCGAUCCGAGCCUUUUGUCGGGAAAAUCGCAUUCGAUACGAGAGUUUCUGGACGUUGACGGCGAAUCCUCACCUGUUGACUUCGGAUCCGGUGGGCGCUUUGGCCAGCAGCGUGGGGAUCGGGAGAGCGGUGGCGUUGUAUGGUCUGGUGUUGGGACUGGGGAAUGUGAGUGUGCUCGAUGGGACGAAGAACGUGCAGAGGAUGAGGGAGGAUACAGAUGGUGUAGAGGCCAUUCGGACGUGGAAGGCGAAGAAUACCGGAGAAUAUGCGUCGUUGCAGAAGGCUUUUGAGGACCUGUUGUUGCUGUGA